CCGCACCCCGCCACUUCAUACACUCUCGUAUCCUCCGCGAUCAAACUGCGACACAACACAUGUUAUGCGACUCAUCGAUACCCGGACGAGCGAGCUCAGAUGGUUCAACGACAAUGAUAUUCCCAAGUACGCUAUCCUGUCGCACACAUGGGGCUCUGAUGAAGUUACUUAUCAGGAGCUGGUCUGGAUCAACAGAGCUAAAGCGCUUUCGGGGUCCUCAAUGGACCAGCCAUCAUCUUCUGCUGCUUCAUUCACGAGUGAAGAUGAUCAGGCUACAAUCAUGCUGGCUGCUAUAGAGAUGAUGAUUCGGGGUAAUUCCGGGACAUCGCUGGGCAGCAUCACCGAGCAAGACCUCAUGAAACGAGCUGGAUAUAGUAAAUUAAAGCAUGCCGCAGAACAAGCUCGAAGCCAGGGAUACAACUAUAUCUGGGUCGACACAUGUUGCAUCGAUAAGUCAAGCAGUGCAGAGCUCCAGGAAGCCAUCAAUUCAAUGUUUCGAUGGUACAGAGAUGCUGAGGUGUGCGCAUCGUAUACCUUGAGGAUGUUGAGAAAUCUUGUUGGGGCGCCUACACAACCGCUUCUGAGGUGGCAAGAACAGCCUGUGAGACUUGCUGAUGGACCAAGAGGGGGUGGUAAGAAGGUCCAUGUACGAACUGGAUUGGGAAGGUACACUGACUUCGUCUCAAACUAGCAGGACCCCCGAUCACCCUGACCUCGUCCACGACGUCCACGACGACCACCACCUCGGGCACCUCGACCCCGAUCACCCCGACCACGAUCAUCUCCACGGCCACCACUACCACCACUGCCACCGCCACGCUGUUUCUUGGCUGGUGGUUCUGCGCUGGAAGUAGCCCCAAGGCUACCCUGCUCGUUUCGAUUGCCGGUGAAGGUGACGCCCUCGGGAGGCGCACCGAAGCCCAUGUCUGCCCCGGUAGUCUUAGAGCGGGUGUCGAUGUUGCCAUAUGGCGUAGUAGUCGCAGGCGGGAGGGGGGCAAAGGAAGGAGCAGCGGCGGACUUGCCACCACGUCGUGAAAGGGCGCCCGCGGGGGCCGGCUUCGUCCUGGUGAGCUGGAAGCC